GGUGGUGCCGUCGCGCGGCCCGGCGGGCGGGGCGGGGCCGCGGCGCGCAGGCGCGGUGGCGGCCGAGGGGAAGUGAGGCGGGCGCGCGCGGCGCCUUUUCCGGCGGCGCUGGCUGAGGGAGCGGCGCGGCGCGGAGCGGAGCCGGCCCGAGGUAGCCCCGCCGGGCCCUGAGGCGGGAACGCGGAGCCGCCGCCCCUGAGCCGGCAUCCAUGAGCUGAGGCGCCGGGGCGGGAGCCAAAGGCAGGAGCCGGGCGGAGCCGCCGCCUCAGGCCCCGCGGAGCGCGGCCCCUGUUCCCCUCGCCCUCCUCGCCCCGCUCCUUCCGCGGCGCCCCAUGCGCUGAGCCCCGCCCGCCCUCGCCGGACACUCGGCCCCGCUCGGGCCGCUCGGGUGGGUCCCGCUCGCCCUCCGCUUCCCCCCUCCUCCCCAAGCCCGGAGGCCCCUUGGAUGCCGCCGAGAUGGGCAAGGUGCUGUCCAAGAUCUUCGGCAACAAGGAGAUGCGGAUCCUGAUGCUGGGUCUGGACGCGGCGGGGAAAACCACCAUCCUGUACAAACUGAAGCUGGGCCAGUCUGUCACCACCAUCCCCACCGUGGGCUUCAACGUGGAGACGGUCACUUACAAAAACGUCAAGUUCAACGUGUGGGAUGUGGGGGGCCAGGACAAGAUCCGCCCGCUCUGGAGGCACUACUACACGGGCACGCAGGGGCUGAUCUUCGUGGUGGACUGCGCCGAUCGCGACCGCAUCGACGAGGCCCGCCAGGAGCUGCACCGCAUCAUCAACGACCGGGAGAUGCGGGACGCCAUCAUCCUCAUCUUCGCCAACAAGCAGGACCUGCCCGAUGCCAUGAAACCCCACGAGAUCCAGGAGAAACUGGGCCUGACCCGGAUUAGGGAUAGGAAUUGGUACGUGCAGCCCUCCUGUGCUACUACAGGGGAUGGACUCUAUGAAGGGCUGACAUGGUUAACGUCCAAUUAUAAAUCCUAAUGAGAGAAUAACUAUUUAGUCUACAAAGAAUUAAAGAAAAAAAAAAAUAACCCACAUGGCUUUCCGGAAGAAUGAUUCUCUACUGAAAAGUAAAACAAAAGCAUCCAUAGGAUUAUGAUCAUCUUUCUCCAGUUACCGCCCUUUCCUUCUGCACACUGGACUGGAUUCCUGUUUUAACUCUUCUUGCUUGGCGUUAGGAUGCUCUAAUCUCCGAAUGUGACACGAACACAAGCACUAGAUGCUAUGGCAGACUUCCAGCAAACAGGGGAAAGACACAUUGUAGACUUGCUAAGUAACUUUUUUUCGUUUGUUUGGGUUUUUUUCUCCUCUCGGUAGCCCUUAAGAUGGUUUGAUUAUUUUGGGGGAUGGUUGGGGGCGGGGUACCAUUUUCAGUGUAUGCUUUCUGGUUCUACUUUUUUCAUUAUAUAUAUAUAUAUAUUUUUCCUCCUAUCACUUGCUGUAGAUUGCUACUUUUUUGCAUUCACGCAGAAUAUGUUGGUAGGUCUACUUCAUCUAGUAAACUGAAAAUUAUUGCUUAAAAAUCAAACUGCAGUCUGUCUUUUUAUAUUAAGGACUUUUUUUAAAAAAAAAAAAAAAGUUCUGUUAAUCUGUAACUAAAUAGUGACUCUCAGUCUGUCUUCAUAUCUCAGACUAAUAACGAAACGAAUUCUUGCCUGCGGUGGCAGCGCGAAUACCAUUGUAACAUGUUCAAAGUGCAUUUCAGGCGCAGCGUCCGCCAGGUAAUGUAAGAACCGCUUUGAAAUGUCAGCUGUGAAGUUCUGAACCAUACAUCAUGCAUGAGAAGGGAUGCAAAUAAGUUCCCCAUACUACAUAGCAACCAUAUAGCAAAUAAGGCAGGAAUGAUGUAAUAGUUCCCGGGUAGAUACUGUUCGGUUUUUGUCUUGCAUUGCAAACUUCAAAAGACGUUUUAGCUGCAGUUUUUCCUACUGGUGUCAGUCUCCGAUCCCAUAGGUUCCUUCCAGACAACGCAGCAAUAACGUGUAAGCAUUGCAACAGGUUUUACUUCAAAUCACGGACGUUUAGGUGAAAAUCUAGCACUGACUUGCCUGUCUUGCGAUCGAGGGGAGUUGCUCCCGUCUCAAGACAGUCUAAGGCGUCUAAAUCUUAAAAAAGAUUUCAGAUUCUUUCUGAAUUUCAUCUCAUGGAGGAAGAAAUUGGGAGUUCUGUGCUAAGCUGUAACCGAGCCUGGUAAUUCAGGCAUCUGACUAAAGGCCAUUUUGAGGAAAUAAGUCUUUGCUUUAGUUUUCCAAGACUGGACUGAACUCGUCCGAGGAGUUGCCGUCUCUCUCGGUUGUUGCUGUGCUCCUGCGGGAAGGGAACUAUGUUGGAUGGCUGAAGCCCAUUGAGUAACCAGAGCGGGGAGGAGAGAGAGAGAGAGAGAGAGAGUAAACGACUAUGAAUGUAAACUUCCAUAAUUAGUUCUUAAAGGGCAAGCAGCUCAUUUGCCAUAUCGCAGUUUGCAGAUGUGACUGGCAAAAAGAACCCCUUAAAAACUCCACCCACCCAGAACAAGUAUUACUAUAAAAACUCAAGUAUUAGUGCUGGGUGUGAAAAACGUUAAAGCAGCUGGUUCUUAUUCAGCCUUAAGGAUUAACUUCAGAUUUCCUCAAGGAGUUAAACUUGAUUGGGGAAUUCUAGGAAUGUAUGCUACAAAACCAGAAGAAAAUGGCUAUUUUUGUUUUCUUUCUUUAAAUUUAUUUUCCAGCUAUAUGAGUUUUACAUGGAACUGGGGGCAUUACACUACACUUCUGCAGUGUUGACUCCGCAUGCUGAGGACAUUGUACAUGGAGCUCUUACCAAAGAUUUAUGGCAAGAUAAAAAUACUGAAAUCGAAUGCUUUGGACUACUUAAAAAUUCCUUUAGAAUACGGUUCCGAAAGAUUUAUCUCUAUGUGGGUUGCAAAUGGGACUGAAUGGGUUCUUGGUGCUAGAAGAUAGAGCAUUGACUGAGUCUUCACAAGCGUAAUGUAGAAUAACUUAGAUCUCAGCUCUAAAGAAGAGGUAAGAUAUUUUUUGUUCCUUUUUUUCACUCAAGGCUUUUUGCCACUGGAAUAUCAUUGCUCUAUUUUCUAGCUUUUUUCCUUUAAAUUUUCUGUUGAUGUAACUGAACAAACAGUGUGGUGGUAUAAAGACUAAAAACACAAGAAUAUGGUUACUGUUUUCUUCUGGAGCAUAAAUAAAAUAGCCAAGCACAAAGUAAAUGCCUAAACUGGAAAACUUGAAGCUCUAUUAAUGGUUCUUGAACUUUCUUAAAUCUAUUCUCAGUCAACAUGAAAACUUCAAUAACUUCAUUUCUCGUCUAAGUUGAUUUACUGUGUUCUCAAGUGCUGGGGCAGACUUUGCGUUAAGUUGAAUACACAAUUUUGUAUUUCCUUAGUGACUUUGUUAUUCUGUUUUUGUAGGUGAAAGGAAACUGAUUACGCUUCUGAUUUUUUUUUUUAAGGUUUUUUUGGGGGGGAGGUGGGUGGGAAGGGGAGAAAAAAGUGGCUGAGACAUGUGGCAGCGACUUCACAAAUAAAUGGCCAUUGCUACUGAACAAAAGAGAAAAGGUUUCACUUUCCACAUGUCCUUUAUAGGCUGUAGCUGAACCUCACCGCCAACGGGUGGCUGUCAAGCCAUCAACACAGCCUGCAGGAUACAGGGGCAAAUCUGUAAGAAAUCCUAUGAUUUACAAGCUAAUCUGGAGUUUUAAGUGCAUCAAUUUGUGUUCAUGUGAAUUUAUGGAGUAAGUUUUGAAUGGCGUUAAUCGUGUCCGAUAAGUGAAUGAGUUUGUAGACUGUGAUCUCCCUGACUAAAGUAAACAGGAAUUUUGUGUUCUCAAUAUGGCUGUAGUGUUGGUAAAGAACUAAUAAGCAGAAAAUAAAGCAAUUAUACAGCGGA